AUGGAAGGAUCAACUGUCAGCUAUUAUGAUGAUUUUAUUAGCACAGAGGCUCCUGAUGACUACUGCCCAGGGGUGCAAUUGCCUUACAAAGGUAUUUUCCUGCCUGUGCUAUAUGCCACUGUGUUCUUGGUGGGCAUUGUGGGCAAUGGCCUUCUGAUGUGUGCCCUGAUUAUCAAGCGACGUGCCCAGAGGUUGAUUGACAUCUUCAUUGUCAAUUUGGCAGCCUCUGAUUUCGUUUUCCUUAUUACAUUGCCCUUUUGGGUAGACAAGGAGAUGUCCUCCGGGAUUUGGAGAUCAGGCUCAUUCAUCUGCAAAGGUAGUUCCUACAUCAUCUCUGUCAACAUGUAUUGCAGUAUUUUCCUUCUCACCUGCAUGAGUGCUGAUCGGUAUCUGGCCAUCAUACAUCCAUCAGUGGCCAGGAGGAUCAGAACAAAGCUCUAUUCUAUCAUCCUUUGCAUCUGUGUCUGGAUUCUGUCGUGCCUGCUAGGGUUGCCUACCCUUCUUUCCAGAGAACUGGAGGAAAACGAUGGCAACACAUACUGCAAAGACAAGAAAGUCACAUCCACUAAUCGGAUUGGGUCACUGUUUCUGCUAAUUUCGGCUUUCUUUUUCCCACUGUUGAGCAUCUUGCUGUUUUACUGCUCCAUCACCAGGAAACUCUGCAUGCAUUAUAAAAAAGCUGGAAAACAUAACAAAAAGCUGAAGAAAUCCAUCAAAAUUGUCUUCAUUGUGGUAAUUGCCUUUGUUUUCUCAUGGGCCCCUUUCAACAUUUUUAAAUUUCUGUCUGUGGUGUCUGGCAUUCAGGAACUCAAGCCGCCUUUCUGCCUUACCUACGAAGUUGCCUACUUGGGUAUGGAACUGAGUGGCCCCUUUGCAUUUGCCAACAGCUGCACCAACCCUUUCAUUUACUUCUUUUUUGAUGGCUACAUCCGUACGGCCAUGUUGCAAUGCAUGCUUCCAUGCCUGAAGGCCCACAGCCCUGGCACUAGUUCUGACACCAUGGACACGUGCCUCAGCUACUCUUUGACUGUUCAUGGAGAAGAUGUUUCUAGGAGGAGAAGACGGUCACUUUCGCUCUGAGGAGACCAUUAAUUCUGAAGGAUCUACAUCAAGACAGAAGGGAGUAAAAAAUGAUGGG